AUGUCCAAAAUAUUUACUCCAACGAAUCAGAUUCGUUUAACAAAUGUCGCUAUUGUUAGAUUAAAAAAGGGUGGAAAAAGAUUUGAAAUAGCUUGCUAUAGGAACAAAGUAAUAUCAUGGCGAAAUAAGGUGGAAAAAGACAUCGAUGAAGUUCUACAAACUCACACAGUUUUCACAAAUGUAUCAAAAGGUCAAGUUGCCAAAAAAGAGGAUCUAGUUAAAAUAUUUGGAAAAGAUGAUCAGACAGAAAUAUGCAAGGAAAUAUUGGAAAAGGGAGAGUUACAGGUAUCCGAUAAAGAGCGACAUUCUCAAAUUGAUGCUCUUUUUAAAGAUAUUGCUACUACAGUGGCUGACAAAUGUGUGAAUCCAGAAACAAAAAGGCCAUAUCCUGUUUCUAUUAUAGAGAAGGCUAUGAAAGAUUCUCACUUUUCAGUAAAUGUUAACAAAAGUGCAAAACAACAAGCGCUUGAUGUUAUACAAAUGAUAAAGAAGGAAAUUCCCCUAGAAAGAGCACAGAUGCGAGUGAGGAUCCUUUUAAGUGGCAAAGAAGCCCGUAAAAUAAGAGACAAAGCAGUAAAACUAACAGCAAAAGUUGAAGAAGAAAACUGGGAAGCCGGUACAGCGAACAUCAUAUGUUUAAUAGACCCAGGAAGCUUCAGGACUCUAGAUGAAAUUAUAAGAACCGACACAAAGGGCAGUGGUCAGUUUGAGUUAUUAAACUUAAAAGAAACAGUUGAAGGUGAACAAGCUCUCUAA